AUGACACAUGACCGAAAUAUGCAACUUGGCUGUAUGUCACUUGCCGGCGAUAUAGCGAAUUCUUUUAGAUAAAAGUUUUGUUUUGUAAUUAGAAUAGCUCUUUCUUUCGAAUUCUCAAAAAAUGAAAUUGUUACUAGCUCAAAUUUCUACGAAUUUUCUUAAUUUCCUGCGAACUUUUCGUAAAGUUUAUAGUUGACACUGAAUUUUUUAAUAAUACUUUUUGUGCAAUUAUUCAAGUACAACAAAAAGUGCCAUUCGGGGUCGAUUCUAAAUGAUGCUAUGUCAAUUCUUCAAGUAUGGACAAUAUUAAAAAGUGGACAAUAUUAAAUUCUCUCAUGAUGAAUGUUGAAAGAAAAAGUGCGAAAAUUGAUUCAUAUACCGAUUCAAGGAACAAUGAUAAGAAAGCUGGUUAUAUGGUAAUGUUGAACUUAUUAAUUAUACAAAGUUUAUUAGGCAAAAAGUGCAUGUAUAGAAAUGCUCUCCCGCCUGGUUUUGUGCUCAAAUUAAAGCUGAAGGGGAAGAGUAAUAACAGAUCAAUAUUGAAGAGUUCUUAGAAACA